AUGAUGUCAUCUAUUGCUGCUGAGAAAAGAGAUCUACCGAUUCGUGCUCCGGUCAAGGACGAGGAAGCCGGCAAAGCCAACCAGAUGAACAACGCCAUGGCGUUCCACCGCUACAUGGAUCUACCUUUCGAGAUUCGAAGAGCCAUCCGUGCAAGGUCGAUCGAUCAACACCAGCGCAUGAUGGUAACGGAUGAAGAGGGAAACUGGCAAUUCAAGGUCGAUCUCGCUCGGUUGGCAACAGUCUCCAAAGAGUGGAGGAAAGACAUAGAGAAGAUUCUUUUCGCAAACAUUCGAUUUGAUUCGUCGAAAGUUGAGAGCCUCUCGUUUCUCGAAGCAGCAUUCACACCGCGACGAAAAAGGUUUAUCCAGUCUCUCGAUAUCAUCAUUAAUGAUGAGCAGACCGUGAAGAGCCCCUGGCACAAGCGUAUGGGGCUAUUGGAGAUCAGCCGGGUAAUGGAAAGAACUGGACAUUUAUUUCAGUGGAUCAACUGGGAUUUUCGGCAAGAAGUGGAGGACCGGCAGUCCAUUGAAAUCAGGUUCAGGUCUUCGAGCUCGCAUACUCCAAACUUCGAGGACGCCGUACCAGAUGAUCCAUCAAUGCAGACUUCCUCACUUUGGAUGAGGGAGAUAUUGAGUCGAGCCACGAAUUCGGGCCAAGUGCCGACUAAUAUCGUGUUAUGGGCCAUCAACUUCGAAUUCCCAUCCUCUCUCAACAUGGUGACGAGCCUCACCUUCCCCCCAGAUUGUCUUCCCUUGCCUGCUACACUGGCGUUUCUACGAAGAAUGCCGAAUUUGAAAUCAUGCAACUUUGAAUUAGCUUUCAAAAGCACCUCGGAAGAUGCAUGGGGCAAUUUUGCUGAUCUUAUCAAUGCAUUACCCGCGUUGGUGCCUUCCCUCCGCGACCUGAACAUCAAAAACCCACGCAUUGACAAGCUAAAGCCGGAAACCGUGAUGUUCAACCCCAAGCGCCUAUCCACCGCCAUUCGAGACUACAGCCAAAGUCUCAAGUAUCUAUCUGAUUGCGAUUUCACCAUACACCAGAGUUUCUUCCAGCCCUUCUCAGACGACAUCGGGACCAACAUCGCAACGUCACAACUGUGGUGGCCAAGGCUUGAAAUUCUCAGUCUUAUCUUUGCCACAUUCGCCCCGUAUGCAAGCGAGCGGCCCCUCGGCCUGACAGCAGCUGGAUUACUUGUUGCCGCGGGAAGGGCGGCGACGGCCAUGCCUGUCCUUAGACUAUUCCAGGCUGACGUCUCAGAGGCUCUGGACGGCAAACAGUACAAGUACUUGCAAGUCAGCCAAGAGUCUCCCGGAAGCUCCGGGGGCUCCGGGGGCUAUUCCGUCCAGAUAUCAGGAUUCAGCAAGGAAGAUGAUGGAACAAUCCUAAAUGCGUGGACUUCUUUCUUGGGUGUUGAGGCCCGAUUUGUUAAAGAAAAAGAAGAGAAUGAGCUGGUGGACCCGCAGAUUCGGAGAUUUUACACGACUUGCGCUGAUGGUCAAGACUAG